AUGACGCGGGACAGUUACGAGAUGAACACCAAUCGCUUGUCACGCGGUGGAUCGCUCUUCGGCGCAGAUCCACAAACGCAGCUCAGAACAGCCCUGCGCACCAACGACUACGCGACUUUCAAGAAACUCGUCAGCUAUGGUGCCGUCGAUCUUGAAUAUGUAUACCAAUACCCAGAUUACAAAUCGUGCCUUGAUCUAGCAGUAUCUGAACUUGGCAGGGAACAAUUCGUGAAACUUUUGCUUCAGCAUGAGGUGAAUGUUAACAGACUCAACGAAACGCAUGGUGCUGCGCCGAUACAUUUCGCAGUGGAAAGUGGCAAUUUGGAAGCACUAAAAGAGUUGGUAGAAGUUGAUGGCAUCGAUAUUAACAUUAAAAGUAAAGGCAACACCGCGUUGCUUUUGGCUAUAAAAAAAAUAGAAGACUUGGAAGAUGAUCGCGAGAAUGAGUUGGCCGUGUAUGAGGACAUGAUAGAGUUACUAUUAAAAACUGGGUGUAAUCCAAAUUCUCCGGAUUCAAAAGGUGUGACUCCAGUUUAUUCAGCUUCCAAACAAGGCUUAGAGAGAGUGAUAAAUUUUAUUUUACACUAUUCUAAGGACCCUGUAGACCUGGAUACAUAUAAAGACAGAAGAGGAAAAACAGCUCGUAAUUUUUUGAAAGAAGCUUUUCCUCAUCUUUUACCAAGAUUCGAUUCGGCUGUUGAAGUUAUCGACGCAAUUGACAACGAUAAAUUAUUUUCAUAUCUAAGCCGACAUGAAGAAGAUAACUUUAUCCGUGAUUUUACUAAGCUUGUUAAAAAGAAUGAACAUCGAUCUGCGCUAACAGCUAAUAAUGGUAUAAAUACAAUGCUACAAGUUGCUACGGAAAAGGGGCUCGAAAAAGUAGUUGCUAACCUGCUUGCGAAUGGCGCUGAUCCAAAUGCUACAUUUUCAGGAAAUAACUAUAGACCAAUAGCAAUUGCAUGCCAAAAUGGAUUCCUUAAAAUUUUAAAGAAAUAUGUUGAACACGAAUCAAUUUUAUUUGACUCUGUCAACGGAGAAUCCUUGGUACAAAUAACGAUAAAAGGUAUGAGGUCUUACUAUAAAAACCCUAAGAGUGAUCACAGGGGUUGUCUCAAAUUGUUGCUUGAAAAUCCUAAAGUCAACAUAAACGUUAACCACCCUGAUAUAAAAGAUAACACAGCAUUACAUUACGCGGCGAGAAACGGUGACAAUGAUACAGUCUUAGAGUUAUUAAGGAAAGGAGCAUGUGUAGGACUUCGAAAUAAAUUUAACGAACCGCCUCUAGCAGACAUUAAUGCAAAGACAUUAGAAACAUAUUUGGAUGAAUGUAUUACAACAAAUGGCGAACGACCAAGUGACGACGAUUACGAAAUACAUUUUAAAUACAGCUUCUUAGUUUACCCAAAUAAUUCACUCGAAAACGAACUAAGCAAAGUGCCUCUUAUGGAUAACGCUAACAAUAACGUAAAAGAAUAUGAUGCGAUAUUAGCACCUGAAACUGAUGCCCUCCUAUAUAUGACACGAAACGAAGAACUGCGUCAAUUAUUGAAACAUCCAGUUAUUACAAGCUUUUUAUAUUUGAAAUGGCAGAGGAUAAGUUGCCUUUUUUACGCUAACAUUACUUUUUAUUCGCUUUUAUGGCUUUGUUUAAUACUUUAUAUUAUACUUGGAUAUGGCGUCGAUAAGAAACCACCAGAUGCGAUUGCAGCAUUAAACGUCGUAACUCGUGUAGGUGCCAUUAUUGGUUUAAUACUUUUGAUAUUGAGAGAAACAUUCCAAUUACUCGUCUCACCAACAAGAUAUCUACAGAGUAUAGAAAACUGGAUGGAAAUAGCGCUUAUUAUUGUAACAGCCUGGAUACUAUGUUAUGAUUCAGCCCAAGAAUCUACUAAGCAACAAUUAUCUGCAAUAGCGAUUUUAUUAUCAUCGGCAGAAUUAGUCCUCCUCAUUGGUCAAUUCCCAACUCUAUCAACAUACAUUGUCAUGUUAAAAACAGUUUCAUGGAACUUCUUCAAGUUUAUGCUAUGGUACUGCAUUUUGAUAAUCGCAUUUGCACUGAGCUUCUAUACUUUAUUUAGACAAGUUAUUGAAGAAGAACAAGUGCCACCAAAUCCAAACACCACAGAUAAGGAAGAAGACGAAGAGGAGGACUUCUUCGAAGAUCCAGGCAGAUCUCUUUUCAAAACGAUUGUUAUGUUAACAGGUGAAUUUGAUGCCGGAUCUAUUAAAUUCAGCACUUUCCCAGUAACCAGUCAUAUUAUAUUCAUUGUCUUUGUAUUCAUGAUUCCUAUAGUGCUUUUUAAUUUACUGAAUGGCUUAGCAGUUAGUGACACGCAAGAGAUCAGAGCUAAUGCUGAACUGGUCGGGCAUAUAUCUCGGAUAAAACUAAUAUCAUAUUUCGAAAGUAUACUCAUCGGAAAUGCCCGUGAAUAUGUUAGGUCAACUAAUUGUUGGUUAUGGCCGUCAUACUUGCAAAACUUACAAAUUAUUAAGCCAAAAAUGUUGUGUAUCAAGCCACUAGCGAAACGAGUAGCAUUAUUUCCUCACUUUUUGCCGAAGUACAGAAUUAUUGUUAAGCCCAAUCGCGAUAACCAAAUUGAUAUACCUCAUCCUGAACCAUUGGGUAAAUUUGGAGAUGAUUAUGAAGACAUAGAAGGUGGCGGAUGUUGUUUUGAACGCUGCCAGAACUACAGAUUGGACAGAAAAAUAGUGAAGAAUGCUAAAAUUAUCAUCAGUAAAAAGACGCAUGUAUCAGAAUUUGAUGAGAUUAAGGACAAGUUGUUAGUGUAUGAGGAGAAGUUUUCGAAUCUGGAAAAUACACUGAAGAAGGUACUGCAAGCCAUAGAAUCGAAUCAUAAAUACUAG